GGACUUAGAACGCUCUUGCAUCAAUUUCUGCCAUCGCUAAUACCGCAAUGGACAAUCACUUUGACGUUAUCGUGCUUGGUACUGGUCUGACUGAAUCUAUAACCGCUGCCGCUCUAUCCAAGGCUGGCUUCAAAGUUGCACAUAUCGACCCAAACCCAUAUUAUGGUGCAGACCAAGCAUCUCUUUCACUAGACGAACUCGCGCAAUGGGAGGAAAACCAUUCCGCCACCAAUCAUGGAGAAUUACCGCCUCAUGCGAGACAGUAUUCGGUCUCAUUGGCUCCUUCAGUCAUUCCAUCAAUCGGCCCUUUCAUUUCGUCCCUAAUCGCGUCCGGUGUCUCUCGAUACGGAUCUUUCAAGCUCCUCGGUCGCGUCGUCAUCUAUGACGGUGGCGUAUUGAAAGAUGUCCCACAGAGCAAGGACGACAUCUUUCAGAACAAGGCGAUGAGUCUCUUAGAGAAGAGGAGGGUGACGCGUUUCCUUAUGUUUGCCGCUGGAGAAUUCGAGAAUAGAGAGGAGCUGCAUGGCCAAGAAAAUUCGCCUUUGCUCGAUUUCUUGCAGAAGACAUUUCUUCUCAGUGGAGCAACCGCUCGUGCCAUCGCCUACGCCCUGGGAUAUUGUUAUUUUCCUUCGGAGACGACUCUUCCUGCUCUACAUCGUAUCCGCACUUACCUCAAGGCAUCCGGUCGCUAUGGGUCGUCAUCGUUUCUCAUAGGCUAUUACGGCGGCUCGGGCGAAAUCGCGCAGGGUUUCUGCCGCGCAUCUGCGGUGAGCGGAGGUGUCUAUAUUCUGGGACGACCCAUUACAAGUAUUGCGUCUGUCGAACCCGGCGAGCCAGAACACCCUGUUCUGACUUCUGAUCUACCUCAGUUCGUUGUCGAGUUGGACGAUUUCCCCGACCGUCUUCACUGCCGAUGCCUUAUAUCAUCGACUGCUCUUCUACCAGGACACCUUCGCACUCGAGCGGAUAUAAUCCGUCCAACUAUUCUGUCCUGCAGCUCUCUGCGUCCAUUUGCGAUGGCACGGUGUAUUGCUAUCAUUGACGGACCAAUUACUUUGUCAUCGGACACUGAGGGUUCGGGAAUGUCAGAAGCAUCGGAUUCUUCACUUCUUGUAUUUCCGCCGGAGUCGUUGGAGGGGGGAUCGGCUACUUCUGCUGUGCAUGUUGUCACAGCAGGCCCAGGUACAAUGUCGGCCCCUUCUGGGAAAGGCAUCCUGUAUAUCUCAAUGCCUCUUCCUAGCAACUCCGACCAUUCAGCUGAGACCCUAUUACGUCCUUAUCUAACAACUGUUCUCUCAUUGUUACAGUCUGAGAAGCAGCAGAAAACGUUGAUUCGUUCUACUUUUUAUAUGCAGGAACUUGUCUCAUGUACACCCGGCACCUCGGAUUCGUUUGUGGGGCUCCUGGCUGUGCCUUCUUUAAGCCCGCAUCCGACACAGGGUAUAGAUGAAGCUGCGAUAGUUGCCGAGGCUACCUUCAGGAAGGCAGAAACUUGUCUGAAUGGAGAGAGGAAAGAGCUUUGUAGCGAAGGAUGCGAACAAAUUGGAUUUUGGCCUUUGUUAGCCGAGAUAGAGGACAGUGAAGGUAAUGACCUGCAGUGGUAAAGCACAUUAACAGUGUUAUGUAUAUAUUUUCCCACAUACUUGUAAGCUCGAUGCAUACUAUCACCUGAUCCGGAAUGCACAAUCGAUGGGUAAUGCACAAUGCACUCCAGAGCUCACCACUCUACAUAUAUUU